AUGCUUGGGAAGGAUCGCAGAGGAGGGGUCGUGUCUGUGUUGCUGAGGGGCCACGAGGGAGAGAGCUGGGAGCUGGCAGGCCAGGGAUCCGCUCAUGAUCCCAAACCUCACCUCCUGUCCUUGUGUCCCGUCUCUCCCUCACUUCCCCCCCCCAAAAAAGCUCUGCCCAAGCCCCCCGGCACCCCCAUCGUCACGGAGACCACGGCCACCAGCGUCACCAUCACCUGGGACUCGGGCAACCCGGACCCCGUCUCCUACUACAUCAUCCAGUACCGCGCCAAGGCCCCCGACAGCAAGUACGAGACGGUGGACGGCAUCACCACCACGCGCUACAGCAUCGGGGGCCUGUACCCCAACACCGACUACGAGAUCCGCGUGUCGGCCUUCAACAGCAUCGGCCAGGGCCUGCCCUCCCUGAGGGUGGAGGCCCGCACCGGGGAGCAGGCGCCCGCCAGCCCGCCCCGCAACGUCCAGGCCCGCAUCAUCUCCAGCAACGCCGUGAUGGUCCGCUGGGAGGAGCCGGAGGAGCCCAACGGACAGGUGAAGGGGUACCGCGUGUACUACACCAUUGACCCGUCGCGGCCUAUGAACGAGUGGCAGAUCCACAACGUUCAGGACAGCGUGAUCACCACCAUCCAGUACCUGAUCACCUCCGAGACGUACCACAUCCAGGUGUUGGCCUUCACCUCUGUGGGCGCGGCCUUCUCAGAGCCCGUGCUCGUCAAAGUCAUGCCUGGAGUGCCGGGCCAACCGGGGAAGUUUAAGGUUGGCAAGGUGACGGACACCAGCAUCGAGCUGACCUGGGAGCCGGCCUACACCAAGGAGGGCAUCGUCAACUACGAGCUGCUCUACAAACCUGUCAAGUUUGGAAGUUUGGAGAAGCUGACCUUUGGGCCCAGGAACUCUUACACGGUGGAGGGGCUGAAGGCCAACACUGAGUACUCCUUCACCCUGGCUGCCAUCUCCAACAAGGGCAUCGGGGCUUUCACCAACGAGCUGGUGCAGAGGACAUCACAAGCCAACCCCUGUUCUGUUCAGGGCUCCCCCGUAACCCCCUGCCAACUGCCCUCCCUGCCCCCUGUCCAAUCAGAGCCCGGGGCUGCACCCGAGGGCGUGUCCUGUGAGAGCGCCAGCUCCACCUCCCUGAGGGUCAGGUGGACCCCGCCUCCGCCGGCGGGGGCGGGGAGCGGCGCGGCGCGCUACGAGCUGAGCUACUGGCCGCUGCCGGGGGAGUCGGGGAGGGAGGCCCUGCCCAGGGGCCCGGGGCCCCCGGGACCCCCGGGGCUGGAGGUGGCCCCGGACGCGGGCCAGGCGCUGGUGACGGGGCUGAGGAAGUGGAGCUGGUACAACGUGUCCCUGGCCUCGGGGCCGUCCUCCGACGGGGAGGGGCCCCGGAGCCCCCCGCUGCUCUGCAGGACCGCCGAGGACGUGCCCGGGGCAGCCCCACGUCAGAUAGAUGUCAAGCCGCUCAACUCCUCAGCAUUUAGAGUGGGCUGGCGAUCGGUGUUGCCGCGGUUACAGCAGGGUCAGAUCCGCGGGUACCAGGUGCACUACAGCCGCGUGGAGGGGGGGGAGUCGCGGACCCUGCCCCGCAUCAAAGACCUGCUGCUGGACGACGCCCAGAUGGAGGCGGAUGACUCCACUCAGUAUGAAAUGAUUUUGGGGGGGCUGCGAGCAGAGACUCUGUACUCUGUCUCCGUGGCCGCUUACACCACCAAAGGGGACGGGACCCACAGCAAAGCCAAGCUGGUUCCGACCCCAGGGAGAGUCCCCGGCCCCCCGUCCCUGUGGCUGCGUCCAGAGGCGGGCCCCGCUGUGGUGGCUCGGUGGGCGGCCCCCCCGGGGGACCCAGAGACGGGCUCCGCCUCCCAGGGGCCACCGGUUGAAGUCCUGGGGUACCGCCUGCAGUUUGGGCCGAAGAACUCGUCCCUCGGCGCCCCGCUGGACCUCACCGCCCAGAACCGGACCCACACGGUGCAGAAGGGCCUCCGCGAGGGCUCCACCUACGUCUUCCUCCUCUCCGCCCGGAGCCGGGCGGGCUACGGACAGGGAGUGCGUCAGGAGAUCCAAAUCCCCGAGUACCCGCCGUCGGGAUUCCCCAGAAUAGGGGACUCUGUGAACGCCACCUGCUGCUCCCUCCAGCUCUCCUGGCUGCCCCCUCCCCCGGAGGAGCGGCACGGCGCCAUCACAGAGUACACCUUGGCCUACAGAGAGGCCGAAGAGCUGGCCAGGCCGCCGUCCGUGGCCUCGGCCGGCUCCACCGCCGUGCCUGGCUCGAUAGUGGGGGCUGGCGGCACUGCGACGCCUGGCCCCGCUGCCGCCGCCGCCGCCGCCGCCCCCGCCGCCGCCCCCCUGUACCAAGUGUCUAUCCCCGCCUCCGAGUCUGAGUACACCAUCCUCGGCCUUAACCACAGCUCAGCCUAUGAGCUCCAGCUCAGGGCCCACACCAAGGCGGGGGCGGGCCCGCUCAGCCCGCCGCUGGUGUGCCGAACCCUGGCCUUUGAGACAGAUGUGCCGAGGAACUUCUCCGUCAAUUUAGCCACAAAGACCAGCGUUCUUCUGACCUGGGAGUUUCCAGAGAGCACCUAUCCGUAUCGCUUUACUGUGGAGUACAACCGGCAGAAGAUGGAGGUGGACGCGCGGCUCCGGAAGGCGGUGAUCCCCAACCUGCAGCCCGACACCAGCUACGACUUCAAGAUCACCUCGCCGGAGGGCAACAUGGGGGGCCUGCGCCACCGCAUCAACGCCAAGACCUCCCCGCCCAUCACCAUCCGCCGGCCCGAGGUGGACCACACCCGCGACUCGGAGACCACCGUCACCAUCAUCCUGCCCUCUCUGGAGACCCGCACGCCCGUCAAGAACGUGUACGUGGUGGUGGUGCCACUGAGGAGAGCCAAAGGCGCCAUCAAACACCUUAAGAGCCCCGAUGAAAUGGACCUGGAGGAGCUUCUCAAAGACAUCAGUCAGCGGCAGCGGGACACGCGGCAGCAGAAGCAGGUGGACCUCCGGAGGGCGUACAUCACCGCCCGCUUCACGCCGGGCACCCUGCCCGCCUUCUUCGCCCUGGGGGACCAGCUGGACUACGGCGGCUUCGAGAACCGGGCCCUGGAGCCGGGCCAGGAGUACGUCUUCUUCAUCCUGGCCGAGCUCAACGCCACCACCGGGAAGAUGUACGUAGCCAGUCCCUACACUGACCCUGUGAUCGCCCCGGACUCGGACCCGCAACCCUUGGACGCCGGGGACGGUCUGAUCUGGGUGGUGGGACCCGUCCUGGCGGUGGUCUUCAUCAUCUGCAUCGUCAUCGCGAUACUCCUCUACAAGAACAGCAAGCCUGACAGCAAACGCAAGGACUCUGAGCCCGGCACGAAGAGCCUGUUGAGCAACGCAGAGAUGAUGGCCCACCACCCCACCGACCCCGUGGAGAUGAGACGCAUCAACUUCCAGACCCCCGGGAUGAUGAGCCAUCCUCCGAUCCCCAUCAACGAGCUGGCCGAGCACACAGAGCUGCUGAAGGCCAACGACAACCUGAGACUCUCUCAGGAGUACGAGUCCGUGGACCCCGGCCAGCAGUUCACCUGGGAGCACUCCAACCUGGAGGUCAACAAGCCCAAGAACCGCUACGCCAACGUCAUCGCCUACGACCACACCCGCGUCAUCCUGGCCCCCAUCGACAGUAUCCUGGGCAGCGACUACAUCAACGCCAACUACAUCGACGGCUACAGGAAGCAGAACGCCUACAUCGCCACCCAGGGGCCGCUCUCCGAGACCUUCGGGGACUUCUGGAGGAUGGUGUGGGAGCAGAGGGCCGCCUCCGUUGUCAUGAUGACGCGGCUGGAGGAGAAAUCGCGGGUGAAGUGCGACCAGUACUGGCCCAGCAGAGGAACGGAGACCUACGGUAUGAUCCAGGUCACCCUGCUGGACACCAUGGAGCUGGCCACCUUCUGCGUCCGCACCUUCUCCCUGCAUAAGAGCGGGGGCAGCGAGCGGCGGGAGGUGAGACAGUUCCAGUUCACGGCCUGGCCGGACCACGGCGUGCCGGAGUACCCCACCCCCUUCCUCAACUUCCUGCGCCGGGUCAAAGCCUGCAACCCGCCGGACGCCGGGCCAAUCAUCGCUCACUGCAGUGCCGGCGUGGGCCGCACCGGCUGCUUCAUCGUCAUCGACGCCAUGCUGGAGCGCAUUCGCCACGAGCGCACCGUGGACGUGUACGGCCACGUCACGCUCAUGCGCUCCCAGCGCAACUACAUGGUGCAGACAGAGGACCAGUAUAGCUUCAUCCACGAGUCUCUGCUGGAGGCGGUCGCCUGCGGCAACACAGAGGUGGCCGCGCGGAGCCUCUACUCUUACAUGCAGAAGCUCUCGCAGGUGGAGACCGGAGAGCACGUCACCGGCACCGAGCUGGAGUUCAAGCGGCUUGCCAACACCAAAGCCCAUACGUCCCGCUUUGUGACAGCCAACCUACCGUGCAACAAAUUCAAGAACCGCCUGGUGAACAUCAUGCCCUACGAGACCACGCGCGUGUGCCUCCAGCCAAUCCGCGGCCUGGAGGGCUCCGAUUACAUCAACGCCAGCUACAUCGAUGGAUACAGGCAGCAGAGAGGGUACAUCGCCACCCAGGGUCCGCUGGCUGAGACUACAGAGGACUUCUGGAGGAUGCUCUGGGAGCACAAUUCCACCAUCGUGGUCAUGCUCACCAAACUGAGAGAGAUGGGCCGGGAGAAGUGCCACCAGUACUGGCCGGCUGAGCGUUCAGCCAGAUACCAGUACUUUGUGGUGGACCCAAUGGCCGAGUACAACAUGCCGCAGUACAUCCUCAGAGAGUUCAAAGUCACCGACGCCCGGGAUGGCCAAUCACGCACAGUCCGUCAGUUCCAAUUCACCGAUUGGCCGGAGCAAGGUGUGCCCAAGUCAGGUGAAGGCUUCAUCGAUUUCAUUGGUCAAGUGCACAAAACAAAGGAGCAGUUUGGCCAGGAUGGACCAAUCAGCGUUCACUGCAGUGCUGGCGUGGGGCGGACCGGCGUCUUCAUCACCCUGAGCAUCGUGCUGGAGAGGAUGCGGUACGAGGGCGCAGUGGACAUCUUCCAGACUGUCAAGAUGCUGCGCACGCAGAGGCCCGCCAUGGUGCAGACGGAGGACGAGUACCAGUUCUGCUACCAGGCGGCGCUGGAAUACCUGGGGAGCUUUGACCACUAUGCAACAUAAAUGAAGAGAGAGGGACCAGAAGCACCUCCUCCCUCCUCCUCCUUUCCUUUUUCAUUUUUUCUUUUUGCUCUGAGGUCACAAACAAACAAGACAGAGAGGGGACUGAACGCGGACGAGAGGAAGAGGAGACCAACCCUUCUUACAAUCAAAACCUUCGAUUAAGACCAAAUUCAAUGACGAUCGCAAAACAAACAAACAAAUGCUCCUGAACUCUCAUGUCCAAGGAGCACCCCCCCCCCCCCCCCCCCCCCCCCCCCCCCCAUCCCGCCCCCCAAAACGUAAACCCAGCGCUCCCAUUACAAGCUAGUGGUGGGCUGUGGGACUAACCGUGUACUCAAUAUACUUACCUCAGUGUUCCAGUGUGAAGGAUGUAUAUUACCCGUGUGUGUUGUGGUCAGCUAUCUCCAAGAAUCUCCAGGAAAUUAUAAUACUCUACUAUGUGUAUAAAAUAACAACGACAAACUGUAAAAAAAAAAAAAUACAAAAAAAAACUAACUAGAAAGAGCCUGAAUAUUUGCUGCACCCUAGAUGGGCUUUUUAAUCCUCAAAAUUUGUAUCUAUUUAUUUGAUGUACAAAAAGUUACAAAGUGCAAAGGUCUGUGUGUCUGUGAGUCUGUUUUAGAGGCGUCUGCCGUUGCCACAGAUAGUUCAAGGCUUUGUUUCAGCAGAUUAAACCACUUUUACGGAUUGACUUGCCAUCAAGGGGACUGUUUAAAAAAAAGCAUGUUAUGGAUGCUUCGUUUCCCCUCCCCGCCCCCGCCCCCCCCGAUCCACAGUGCCAAGAGAGAACAACAACGACAACAACACAACGACACACUGGUUGUCAGCAGAUCUUUGACAUUUUUACGUCCUGUAUCCUGAAGAGAUGAACACUGGAGUUUGGGUUGGUCCUGGUUGGGCCCCACCUACUAACCACCACUAUCCCCGGGAGCAUUGAGCCUCACUACAGCGGCGUUUAGAGCCUGCUUUAGCCCCCCCCGUGGGGCUGGAGGUUUAUAGCUUACUUAUACUGUGUGCUACUGUAUAGACCUACCGUCCUCCAUGCAAAAGCCACUCUUCUAUCGAGAACUCAUUCAUCGUGUCCGCCAGCAAUGGGCUGUGAAUAAGUGAUACUAACAAAGACACUCAUCCGAUGUAUACGUCUUUCCUUGUUUUUUCUUUCACUCUCUUUUCAUUCCUUCCUUUUCUUCUCUGGUCCCAUUCCCGCAGCCACGAUCCACGCGGUUGUGCGUUGCGUUACGGUUGCACGAUUUCUAUGUCUUUUGCCUUAUAGGUUGAACAGAUUUCAUCGCUGUGUCUCUCAACAUGCUGCUCAACGUUUCACGCUGUUUUAUUUCUGUUGUGUGCUUAGCGCGUGGUGUCUCCUCGUGUUGCUUCAGCCGCUGCUGUCGGACAUUCUGGCUACAGUGUGAUCGGAUGUGAACAGCUGGAUCAGGCUGAUCAAUUUAUAGAAAAUAGUUGGAUUCAUAACCAGUGCGAAAUGUUACAUGAUUAAAGUCACAAUGUGUAUGACUGGGCCCCUCCCAGUGAGUAGGAGGGCGGCUUUCAGAAUUUAAAAAGGAGAUAACAGUGUUCUGUCCACGCUAACAGGCUGUAAUGCUGUGUGACCUGAGCUAGCGUGGCUCGGCUGGCUGAGUGGCGUGAGAGGGAGGAGAUUUUCGAAGUGUCGAUAGUGAGAUAAACACAGAGAUUAGUACGGGCUGGCCAGCACUUCUUAUUUGUGGAAUAUAUCAGUUAUAGGGUGUGAUUUUAUUGAUACCCUUUUAGAAAUCACUAUCGAUCAGCAUUGACUACAUACAUGUCCAGGUCAUUUAAUGCCACGAGCAAGUUAAAAUGUUACACAUUGCGACUUUAAGGGUUGUAGUAAGGAUAGCGUAAAAUAACGUGAAAAAAAUUAAAGAUUAAACAUGAUGGUCGGUCUUUAAGUGUCCUCCCUUUUAGCCAAUCACAACGGUAUGACAGAUUGCCACAUGAUGUCGAAUUUACCCCAAAAAAACCUUGUGUACAGAACAUCUUCCACUUUAACCUUCUAAUCCAGUAUACUAAACCGCAAGUCUUUUGAUAUUGAAAGUUCUCUUUCAUUAUUUGGAGAUAUAAUCAUCGUCGUUCCAAUGUCAUUAUGAGCAGGACGCGGCUCCAGAACCAAGAACCUCCUGGCAGCGCCGCUGGUUUGUAGAUAUAGUCCGACAUCAUCGGACUACUAUACAGUACAGAAACAUAUGCCUGAGCACAAGAUAUAAUGUGAGGUUGGAUGUGAAGUAGUUCGUACUGUCGACAAAAGAAGCCUUAUUGUUAUAGUUCACUUUUGUCAUAUUUAUUUGAUAUUUCUUUUUUUAAAUAAAAUAUUUAUUAUCUUUCUAUUUUGUUACUUUUUACUUUUAUUCAUUUAUUUAUUUUGGGAUAUCAAAUAUAACCAACAACAUGUUUACUUGUUUAUUCGGCAAGCCAAUGUUUCUGUAUUAUGUUAGUUUGUUUAUUUGGUUUUUCAAGGUCAGUUUUUGGUGCUUUUUUUUAUUUGCUUUAGUAUUUAGUAUCCACUCUGUUGAGGGGGCUAUUUGAUACUGUGUCCUAGUUAGCUACAAAUGUAUAUUAAAUCUAGCUAGAUUAAUUUUAAAGUUCCCCAGAAGUGGUAUAAUUCAGCAACAUUGUUGACCAUGAUAAAAUGAUGAUUAAAUAUAAUAUUAGAUAUAGGAAGACAGCGAACAUAGUUCUAUGAAGCAGAGUAGUGGGUCGGGGUUCAAGCCAGUGCACAACUAACCUUUAGUUUGAUGAACCUUUAAAGCACAUGCUAGCAAGUGAUGGUGAAAUAAGGCAUCCAAUUAUUUUUGUUCAAUGCUCAAAGUUUUUGUUCAUAAAAUUUGAAAUUAUUCUGAUAUGAAAUUUGUGUGGUCGAAACCCGUCUUGACAUUGUGUUGCAUAUAUACAAUAUGUUAUUCGGUUUUGAAUAUCUGAUCAUGAUCGUGUCAACGGAUAUAUUUCGGGCACACGGAGGAAGCAUAAAAAUCUAUCGAGGGACUGACCUUAUGAAGACAUUCUCCUCGCCUAUGUACAUGUUAUUUCCUUUCAAACCAUGGAUGUAGAUAUUGUAUCUUGACUUUGUAUUAAAAGCAGGAUGAUUGGAUAUACAGCACAA